AGCGCUAUUUUUGUUUUGCACCUCCCUUCAAAAUCCGAUAAACCACCACCUCUCUCUCUCACCGGAGAUAUUCAAACUUUUUCACCGCCUCCCUCUCCGGUCACCAACCGAAGCAACACAACUUCAAUCAUCAACAAAUCCCUAACGAACCAAACGUUUCAUCUUCAACUCAUCUUUUCAACCUCCACUGCGUUCUCAACCAAGAUCUGAGGGGCAGGGGCUGUAAGUGAGGAUGAAUUUGCAACCUGGGCAGUCUAAAUCCUCUAAUGGAUAUGGCCGUCGUAAAUCUGACAGAGAAGGUGCAGCUAAGUUAGAGAAUAAGAUGCCAUCUGAAAAAUUAAAUGCCAACAGAUUGGCAAGCACAGGUGUGAUUUAUGGCAUUAAAGGUGAUAGUUACGGAAGUCCUUCACAUGACCGACUAGUAUAUCUAACAACAUGCCUAAUUGGGCAGCAGGUGGAGGUCCAGGUGAAAAAUGGGUCUAUAUACUCUGGAAUAUUUCAUGCAACAAAUACAGACAAAGAUUUUGGAAUCAUUUUGAAAAUGGCUCGCUUGACAAAGGACGCUUCUUCACAAAGGCAGAAGCCUGCUGCAGAAUUUAUCAGCAAGGCUCCUUCAAAGAUUUUAAUUAUACCUGCCAAAGAACUUGUGCAAAUUAUAGCACAGGGUGUUGCUGUUACAAGUGAUGGCCUACCUAGUGAACCUCACCAUGAUAGAUAUCAGGAAAUCAUGGUUGAUUCAUUGAUAUCUCAAUCUCAUCAUGCUGAGCUAGGAAGAGAACUAAAACCCUGGGUACCUGAUGAAGAUGAUCUACAAUGCCCUGAACUGGAAAAUAUCUUUGAUGGCCAGUGGAACAGCAUUUUAAGGGGAUGGGACCAGUUUGAAACAAAUAAGGCACUGUUCGGGGUAAAAAGCACAUUCAAUGAGGAACUUUAUACAACAAAGCUUGAAAAAGGUCCACAAACAAGAGAAUUAGAAGUGCGGGCUUUAAGAAUAGCAAGGGAAAUCGAGGGUGAGGAAACUCGAGAUCUUCAUCUUGCUGAGGAAAGAGGUCUUCACUUUGAUGAAGACUUUGAUAUUGACGAAGAAACAAGAUUCUCUUCGGUCUAUAGGGGUAAACAUGUUGAUGAUACAUAUGAGGACAAUGAAGAUAUACUGAUCGAUUCAUACAAUUCUGAGACUUUUUGUGGUAAAUUCGGUUCAGUCGAUGAGAGGUCUGGUGAAAUAAAUUGUGGAGAAGGCAAUGAUGGAGCUCAUACACUGGCUACUUCCUCUCCCAUGGAUCACCAACAGUCAUCUCAGUCAAGUACUGGUGUAGAUUUAACCAGCACGCGUGCUUAUGAUCAUGCUAAGCAGUUUGCGUCUGCAAUCCCAUCCAAAAGCUACUCGUCUUCGGAUGUGGAAAGCAGGUUUCAGGAGAACCCGGUUCAAAAUCUACGUGGAACCAGUGGUAACACCAAGGAAGAAAAUCUACAAUGUGAGGAUGUUCAGCUGUCUAAAUACGAGGAUUCACAGACAUCACUCUACUUGAAGAAGGACUUAUCUCCUAAUGCCAGCUCCUAUGCCCCAUCAUCUCAUAUCUUAACAAAAUCUCAUGAGAAGAUGGAAUCCCCCGGGGAUUUAGCAUAUGGCAAAGCUAAUGGAGGAACAGAGUAUAUAAAUUCACGCGGAGUCGGUGCAUCAUCUGGGUCAGAUUCUGUGAGAGAUGUGGCAGCAUCUUCUGGUCCUGGUUUAUCUCCAAGUUCAUCUGUUGGUUCACUGUCUUCUGAAAAAUCGUCUUUGAAUCCCAAUGCAAAGGAAUUCAAGCCCAAUCCUACGGCAAAGAAUUUUAUUCCAUCACCUGCUCGUCCUUCCACUCCAGUGUCUGAUAGUUCCUUCUAUUUUCAACCUAAUGUAACUACUGUACCAAAUAUGCAAGGCCUGCCCAUGAGUAUUGGGGCUGGACCCACUUUUACCGGACAACAACCUAUCAUGUAUAAUUCACAGGUUUCCCAAAUGCCAACUCAAGCAUAUUUUCAUCCAAAUGCACCGCAGUACGGACAGCUUCAUGGUCAUCCUAUGCAAGCUUUAUACAUGCCUAGUUACUUACCUGAAAUGCCAUACAAUGGACGUGAUUACUGAAGACUUGACUGACUGUUAUUUGCAAAUCAACUCCUUGCUCAAAAAGAAUAAACUAAGUGGAUGUCCUGAACAGUUAUAAAUGAAGAUAUCUACAACUCAUGGGAAGAUUUCAAAUGGUCCAUUGUGAGAUAUAGUUUUAUGACCUUGUGUGAGCCCAUACAUCUUUUGGGGUUUCAGGUUUUGAUCUGUGUAACAGCGCAACUCAAAUUUAUCCCCGCACCUUUUCUAUUCCCUAAUACCAUGCAACAUUUUCUUUUUA